AUGGAUUCAAAUGACGGCGCGGAUCGGUUCUUCGCCGCGCCUGCACGGCCAGACAUUGAGCGCGAUGCUUUCGACCGCGACAGGGAAUCCGAGCGGGCGUCCAUCAACCGCGAGAAAGAGGAGUUGAAAAAGCAGAAACACGAGACUUCUCAAAUGAAGCAGCACUUGAUGUUCGGUAUCAGCGAGUUCUUCUGGAAAAAGGCGGAGCUGGAAAGUGGUCUGGUUCACGCUCCUGAAUUUCUGGAUGAUGAUCGUCUGCCUGCUCCUCCCCCGCUACAGCCUGAAUCCGACACGGACAGCCAGCUCCAGAGCCCUCCGCGGAAGAAAAAGAGAGGCCGACCCAGGCUAGACAAGCAGCCGGUGUCACCCAUCACCGCCGGCGAGAAAACCCCUGGUGGGAUUCGCCCGCCUUCGACUGUGUCGCCCGCUAACUUUGCAGACGAUGAAGGAGAAGAGACUGACCGUCCAAGACUUGUUCCGAAGAGGGGCAGGGGCCGGCCCAGACUCGACCAAAAAGUUGAGACCGCCGAGGCCGACAAGCAGGACAGCGCCGUCGAGGCAUCAUCUAAUUCGGCCAAGAAGAGAGGCCGGCCGAAGCUCUACCAUGAUACCGGAUAUGGAACCAGACUGCCACUCACAUACUUGUUGCCCAGUGGAGCCACCAUCGAAGCCGAAGAAGCCCGAUUGGCACGUCCCGCGCAUUGGAAGUACGUUAUUCGCUUCAUCAAGGACCGUCAGGCGGCUGCCAAGUUCCGACUCCGUGACUGGCUGGAAGGAAAGAGCAAGGAGUGCAUGGUGUGUUUUGUCGACCUUGGGAUGAAGUCCCUAUGGACUCCAGGCUGCGAAAGGGUUCGGGCAUGCGGUGAGUGCCAAAGGCUGGGCACUCCCUGUCUUGUGCUCGACCCCACGGGUUCGAAAAUGGUCCUGCUCCCGAGAAGCCAUGAGUUUGCCGAAGCUUCUUGA